AUGGUCAAAGAGGCAUUAAGAGCGCGUGAUGUUUUCUUCUACAUGGGUCAUGGUAGUGGAUCGAGAUACUUCAGCAGACGACUGAUUAGCGAAAACACUAUAAAUGCUGUGGCUAUUUUGAUGGGAUGCGGAAGUGUAAAACUCACACCUUUCGGAUGGGGAAUGGAUGGGAAGAGCUCAGUAUAUGACUAUACCGUCGCUAAAUGUCCAUCAGUUGUAGGAUGCCUAUGGACUGUUACAGACGGAGAGAUUGAUCGCUAUUUCAUGGCUUUGGUGGAUCUAUGCUUUUCCUCGGAUGGAAAUCGAACUUUGACCGGAACAGAUGGAGAUGAUAGCCGUCUUCGUGUAAUUGUCGAAGCUAUGCACCGAGCCAGAAGCAAAUGCAAGUUACCCUACUUAACAGGAGCAUCUGUUGUUUCAUAUGGCAUUCCUGUCAUUGCAAUGGAGUAA